UGUGCAGAUUGGAAUAUUUGGACUUCUUGGAAGAAUGCAGUAUAGAAGAAUAUAAGAAAAAAGUGGAAGCCUAUCUUACAUCUCUUGAAAUCAUUGCUAAUACUAAAAAAGACAUAAGGAGUGAACAAGCACAAGAGUUGCUUGAUAA